AUGGCCAACGGGCAACCCGUGUCUCCGGAGCCUGUCGAGGACGAGGCAGCCUUCUUGCGUGCGGAGGCAUCUGCUCCUCGACAGGCGAAUUGCAAGAGUCGGGAUGAAGUCGAUGAGCACCCGCAACCCCUGACCGAAGCUGGGGCCGCGGCCGAUCCCGGGUCGCUGGGCAUCCGCCCGGAGCAGCUGAAGGGCUUAUACGACGAGAUCCAUUCAGUGCUGGAGCAGGCUCGCACGUCUUCAGCGACUCCAGAAACCAAGGAAGUUACACCUGCUGAGAAAGAGUUCGAGUUCAUGUACAAGGACGAAACCUUUCAGUCCACAUCCUUGCUCCACCAGUACUGCGCGAUGGAAGGGCUCAAUGCGGGGCAGCUAAGCGCUGUAGAUGAAUUGCUGGCUGGCAUGAGGCCCGAUGCUGACGACUGGUGGGCCAUAGCAGGGCAGAAGAAAGUCCAUGCCCUUCAUGUCGCGACCGCAUAUGGGCACGCGGUGCUUGCACAGAGGCUCUUAGAUGCGGCGGCUGAUGUAAACGUGCAAGAAAUUGAUGGGGAAAAGAAGCGGAGCACGGCACUUCAUUACGCAGUUCUCUACGACAGGCGACGAGUCAUGAAAGUCCUUCUGGAAAGGGGUGCCGAUCCGUCCAUCCUCUUGAAUGGGUUUACAGCGCUGCACAGCGCUGCCCGUCUGGGCAACGCAGAAGCUGUUGAAGGCAUCCUCGUCAACGCGAGGCAACAGAAGCUUUUCGAGGGUCAGAACGAGGAUUGGAAGACGACCACUCUUGAUUUUAUUCGUCCUGCAAUCCAGCUGGCUUGUGAAGCUGGCGAUUCCACGUGCUUCCGACUGCUUUUAGCGGCAAUGGAGGACGAGAGCUCGGGCGGAUUCCCCGACUACUGGAACUCCGUCCGCAGCUACGAGAGCCAGUGUUUCUUGGUGAAUUUUGCUUUCGGGCAACGCCCCAAAAUUGCAUCUUUGCUUUUAGAGCUCUAUCAGGACAUGGCCGUUGUACGCCGGCUGCUGAAAGGAAGAGAAGUGGAGAUCAUCACGCAGAUGCUUCGGAACCCAGCUGACUGGAAGACUGUCCUGGACAUCUUCGUGAAGAGUCCUGAGCAGAUGCUUGCUUUUGACCGCGCAAGCUAUUUUGACAAAUGCAAUUGCAGACUGUUCUGGAAGCAAAACUUCUCGAAUCACCUUGGGAACGGAAUGGCCUGGAUGCGCGGCUAUGUGCGCAGUGUGCGGUAUGCGCGCAGUGUCCUGGACUUUGCAGGCAACCGCGCCAGAGCUGAUCCCGGAUCUGAUUUUCGGAAAAAGGAGGAGCUGUGGGAGCUGUGGGACAAGCUGAUAGGCGUCGAUGGUUUGGCCCUGGAGCAGAAGCGCUUUGGCAUCGGUGUCAUACCCAUUGAUGCGAACCUACUUGCCUCAGACGAGAUUCUGCUUGCUAUUUGUGGUGCAGACUACAGCCUCCUAGACACAAAGUUCGUGCAGGCCAUCCUGGACGAUUCUUGGGCCGAAGUCAAGGUUUGGUACUACUGGCAUGUCUUUUGGGCCUUCCUCCAAGUGGCCAUGAGCUGCGUUGUGAGCGCUAGCCUCCGCGAUGCGAGCCGCCCGGGAGGGCAGCUGCCAGCUGCCGCCUUCAUUCCUUUGUCGGUUGCUUGGUUCAAGAGGCUUAUCGAGGAGCUGUUCCAGCUCGUCGUGUACUGGUGCUAUGAGUGCACUCGCCUCAUCACUCGCCUCUGCCCACCUGAGCCGCCCGAACCUGAACCAGGCUCUAAAAAACCAGGCCCUCCAAGGCGUCGCUGUCUUGACUCAAAGUUUUCAUGCUUAUUCAAUUCCUCCUCAAGGCUUUGCGAUGCUCGUUUCACACCUUCCUGGACUGGUCAUAUCUCUUGGUCAGCAGCGCGGCCUUGUACUUCCUCUCAGAAUUCCUGUGGCCGGUUGAUGGGCCACGCGAAGCGUGGCUGA